AUGGUGAAGCAAGAAACCAGUGUGGUUGACAUCGAGCAACCCCAGGAGCUCGAGCUCGCUACUACUAAUGUGUCUCAUGAGAAAAAAGGCAUCAGUGUCGAGGUUCAAGAGGCUCUUGAUUAUGAGUAUACUCCUGAAGAAGAGAAGCGCGUUGUUCGCAAAUUCGACAUGAAUAUUUUAAUUUACCUGUUCUUCUUGUAUAUGCUCAGUUUCCUGGAUAGAGGUAAUAUCGGUAAUGCCAACACUGCUGGUAUGAGCAAAGAUUUGAAUAUGUCAGAUAGCCAGUACCAAUGGCUGUUGACUAUUUUCUAUAUCUUUUACAUCUGUUUCGAAUUCAUGAUCCUGUGUUAUAAAAUCUUUCCUCCUCGUUUGUAUGUUCCAACUAUUGUCAUUGGCUGGGGUAUCACGUCCACAUGUUGUGCAGCUGCUCAGAAAUGGGAGCAUUUGAUGGGUCUUCGAGCUUUGUUAGGAAUUUUCGAAGCUUCUUUUGGUCCUGGUGCCAUUCUGUAUAUCUCGUUUUUCUACUAUAGACAUGAGGUUGCUGCUAAGAAUGCCAUUUUCCUGUCAUCAGCACCUUUAGCUACUACCUUCUCUGGUGCUUUAGCUUAUGGUAUCACUAAACACAACUUGGCCAUUGCCUCGUGGAGAGUUUUGUUCUUGGUCGAGGGUCUUCCUACUAUUGUAGUUGGUGCCAUUGGAUACUAUGCCAUUCCUAACGGACCUACCACAUGUAGAUUCCUUACUGAGCAUGAGAAGCGUAUUGCCGGAGCCAGAAUGGCUAAACAGACUGGUCGAGUCAAUAUGGAAAAGACUCUUCAUUUCAAGGAAAUGUUACGUGCUGCCAUUGAUAUCAAGGUAUGGAUUCCUAUGAUCAUGUACUUUUCCAUCAAUGUGCCGUUUUCGUCACUACCAGUUUUCACACCUGCUAUUAUUGAAGGUAUGGGAUUCACCUCUGUCAACAGUCAAGGACUGUCUGCACUUCCAUACAUCUAUACCUUCCUGACCAUGUUAGGAGCAGCAUAUUUGUCAGAUAGAAUCAAGAGAAGAGGAAUUGUCAUUGCAUUCCUUGCCCUUCACGGUGCUGCUGGGUACCUAAUUCUCGCUCUCAGCACCACUGUCGGAGCCCGAUACUUUGCACUUUUCCUGGCCGCUGGCGGCAUUUUCCCCUGUAUUGCUCUCGUUUUGAGUUGGCAGUCGAAUAACCAAGGCACCGAGUCACAACGAGCCACCGGAUUCGUGCUUCUCCAGACCCUGGGACAAUCCGGACCCCUCGUCGGCACACGACUUUUCCCCAGCACUGACGCUCCAUUAUACCACAAGGGAUUCUGGGUGAGUUUCGGGUUCUGCUGCCUGCUCUUUGCCUGUGCUUGCACGCUCAUGACCCACCUCUACUUCGAGAACAAGAAACUCGACGCCCGCUACGGCCCCAUCGAGGAGUCCGACGAGGUCGAGGUAACCUCGGACGCCUACAACGCCGAGGGCGAGUUCAAUCCCCGCUUCCGAUAUAUCAUGUAA